GGCAUAGAGGAGGAGAAGAUGAUAAGGGGGAGAGGCGUAGACAGAAAUAAUUAAAUCGAGUUUAGGGUUACAGCACCCUAUCAUGCUUGCGGCAUCACAUUUAUCGGCGUCCACGGUGGGUGGUGCAGGUGCCUCCACCACCACGGGCAAUGCUCCUCCCAACGGAGGCAGUAGUAACGGGAGCGGAAAGAGUAACGGGUUUCAUGACAAACACCAGCAGCAACACCAAAUUCAUCACCCGACAAGCAAGAGGGUGGAGAUCAGCAGUUUUGUGUCAAAGUUCCAGAAGACACUUGGUAAUGGGUGGGACGCGUACCAGAUCGCCGUGUCGUUGUUUAUUGUGGGGAAGCUCUCGAGAGCAGAGCUUUUGGAGCAGAUUGCUCCUGUAUUGAGCAAAAAAGGAACCCGACAUAUGCACAACCGUUUAUUAAUGUCGAUGUUGGCGAAUUGCUACAGGGUAGAGCCUCUGGACGGGAUAUCUACAAGUCUAUUCGGGAACACAUCUAAAAAACGGAAGAUUGGCAGUAAGUCUUCGAAGUACGAACAGUUGAAGAAAGACGUUUUGUCUCUUUCUAUCCGUGAAAGGGUGCGUUUGAAAGGCAUUACAAAGGAGUCCGGAAAGAAAGGUAUGAUUCAAAAUGUGAUGGUUUUGAGUAGACAGGCAAUGGUUCCGAAAGUGCCGAUUGUGACCACAAACAACACGUCAUCUGUAUCUUCUUCCUCUCCCCACCCGUCUGCGACUGGUGCCGCAUCAAGCGAGGCGAAUGCCAAUAAAAAAGGUAGCAACAAUUUGGAGAUGACAUUGAUUUCGGUGAAGGAUAUAUUAGAUAUGAUCAACGAGCCGUUGUGCACGGAAACGUACGAGUUACCGGAGAGGAAGCGCAUGAGAGACAUAAUGUUGGGUCUGGCAAGAGAACAUGGAUUGUUGGGCGGAGUGUCGAUGAAGGCUGUUGAUGUUCUCUAUCUGGGACUUCAAUACCAUUUGAAAUCAAUCAUCGGCAAUGUCAUAGAUAACGUGAGGGCCAAAAGAGAUGCAGAUAAGAAGGGUGUGGAUACAUCCAAAGAAACCACAAACGAAGUGGACGACUUUCUGGAGAAAAAGGGGGCAACAAUAGACAACUGCGGCGUUGAAACAGGUACAAAGCGUAAGAAGUUGACAAUAACCACAGAGGAUUUGUUUGACUCGUUCAGUCUAACACCCCACAUGAUCCAACCCUAUGGGACAGUCGACCAUUUAAACGACGUCAUGCUCAAAAAUGAUGACGACUACGAUUUUGUGAGCCGGCAAACACUGCAGGCAAAUACAGACUGGACCAAUGGUGAAAAAGUGUUGGAAUGGGACGAAAACAACGAGCAUAACUUAUAUGUCGUUCCAAAUAAAGUCACAGACGUGUCCUACUUGUUGAAGUCGCACGAGGCCAUCUGGCACGAAACCACCGGCCAUCCAGACGAUCCUGUGCCGAAGAUCAAUCUUGCUCUCAAGGACAAGGAUAUAGGCACCCCGGACGAGUUAAACUGGGUCAUCAACGGGCUUCUCAGCGAAGAUAUGUAAUGUUGUAUAAUAGUAAUGUGUAUGCCCCCUCCCUCUGAUUAGGUAAUCCCCUUCUCAACGAGAUGCGAGAAUCUCUCUGCGCCUGUGUCGAGACAGAAAGAAAGUAGUCCAGCCGAGACAGCGAGGGCGGUGGCAAAAAUGGAUCUGAG